GCUGGUGUGGCGCUCAAAACUGUGUCUUUCAAUCCGAAAGCUAUGAGUAGAACAAAGGUAGCCAAAGGAAAAAGAUUACUUGGCCACAUGGAUAUUGAUACUCGGGAAUGGUCUGAUGGUAUUUUGACGAUGGUAGCCAGAGAGGUGAUCAAAGACACUAGCGUGCAUACAUGGAUAGUAUUUGAUGGAGAUAUCGAUCCAGAAUGGAUAGAAGCGCUCAACUCCGUUUUAGACGAUAACCGCUUGCUGACUAUGCCGUCUGGAGAGCGCAUUCAAUUUGGAAGUAACGUCAACUUUCUUUUUGAAACUGAUUCUCUCGAAUUUGCGUCACCCGCGACGGUAUCGAGAAUGGGCAUGAUUUACAUCAGCGAGGAAGACAUUUCUGCCAAGGAAGUGGUGGCAAAAUGGGUGAAGACACUUACUGAAGAGCAUCCUAGUCUUCCAGAUUGGAUUGAACAACAUUUUCAAAGAUGUUACGAAUGGUGCCUAGCUGCUGGACUCACGAAUGGUGUCGGAAAGGUUGCUGCUCUUCAGAAUGGAUUAAGUCAUCUAAGAGAAAGCAGAUCUAGUCAGCAUUUUCUCGUAAAUCUUUUCCGCGGGCUUUCUUCGGUUAUAGAUUCCGAGAAAAAAAGAGACUUUGCCACCAUUGUGUUUCAAGGUGUCCCUUUGCCAGAUAUGGAAAAUCCGGAGCUUGUUUAUUUCGAUAGCAGAACAGACUCGUUAAUGAGAUAUCAAGAUGAUCUCGGAGUGGGGGUGAAGUUGGAGGACAUGAAGAGAGGCACGAAACCAUUCAUUUUGACGGCCUCUGCACAGUCGAAUAGAGACACAACCAGCAGCGCUUUAGGGAGAGUACUUCGCCCGAAAGAUAGGCCUCAGCUGAUUCUCUACUUGAAGGGACUCAAUUUACCAGCACCCGAUAAGUAUGGGACGAACGAGAUGUUAGCUUUCCUCACUCAACUGCUAACUUACCAAGGUUACUAUGAUGAGCACCUUGACUGGAUUGGACUGGAAAAUAUUCAGAUAACUGCCUCAAUGGCCCCCUCGGUAACGCACUCCUCAAUUCCUCCUCGUCUUGUUUCGCAGAUGAGAAUGUUGGCGAUUGGCUACCCGUCCGAACAGAACCUGAAUGCUAUCUAUUCCGCUUAUCUCAUGCCUAUCCUAGAAGUAAACUAA